GGAAUAAAAAAAUAUUGACGCUUAAGUCAAGAUGAGUUCAUGAAUAAUGGGAAAGUUUUAGUUCUUUAUUUUGUCGUUUAAAAAUAACCACAGCUAUUAUUUCUGUAACUUGUUGCUGUGAACUCAGCGCAGCUCUCAAAAAGGAGGCAGAACCGAAACAGCUGAAAGAGGAAGUCACCUUUGGAAGUUGAGUAAAAGCACUCCGGCUCUUUUUUUUCUUUUUCUUUUUUUUUUUUUUUUUUCUUUUUACAACCAACUGUUGAGCAGACGAGUCAGUCGCUCGUAUGCUUUCAGGAAAAUGACAAUAAUAGCUGCUCCCGGAAACUUAAAACCUCAUCUGAACGGACUGAAACGUGAGGAUUCAAGGAAGAACGCGUAUCAGAACGGACGAGAGAAGCAUGGCCCSCGGGUUGGUGUCGGCUCCAGGCAGCACUCCAGGCAGGAGGCCUUUGAACAGCCGCCCAUGUACGUGGCCGUCAUGACGUACGUAGGCUACGGUAUCGUCACCCUGUUCGGCUACUUCAGGGACUUCCUGAGAGCCGUGGGCAUCGAGAAGUGCAACAUCGCCCAGGAAAGAGAAGAGCAGAAGGAUUUUACUCCACUUUAUCAAGAUUUUGAGAAUUUUUACACUCGGAACUUGUACAUGCGAGUACGGGACAAUUGGAACCGUCCCAUAUGCAGCCUGCCGGGACCCGUCUUUGACCUGAUGGAACGGGUGUCUGAUGACUACAACUGGACAUUCAGGUUUACUGGGAGGACGAUACAUGAUGUCAUCAACAUGGGAUCUUACAACUACCUGGGUUUCGCAGAGAACAACGCCGACUUCCUGAAAACGGUGGCAGAUCGGUUACAGCAGUACGGAGCCGGGGUUUGCAGCACAAGACAGGAAAGUGGAAACCUGAAAAUGCACGAGGAGCUGGAGGAACUCGUGGCGGACUUCCUCGGCGUGGAGUCCUCCAUGACGUUUGGGAUGGGUUUCGCCACCAACUCCAUGAACAUUCCAGCUCUGGUUGGCAAGGGCUGUCUGAUUCUGAGCGACGAGCUCAACCACACGUCGCUCAUCUUGGGGGCCAGACUGUCAGGAGCGACGAUCCGGGUGUUCAAACACAACAACAUGCUGAGUCUGGAGAAGAUGCUUAAAGAAGCCGUCAGCUCAGGACAGCCCCGGACCCACAGGCCCUGGAAGAAGAUCCUCAUCAUGGUGGAAGGCAUCUACAGCAUGGAGGGCUCACUGGUGCAGCUGCCUGAAAUCGUGGCCCUGAAGAAGAAGUACAAAGCAUACCUGUACCUGGACGAGGCCCACAGCAUCGGCGCGGUGGGGCCGACGGGGAGGGGGGUGACAGAGCUGUUCAGCGUGAACCCGGCCGACGUGGACGUGAUGAUGGGGACCUUCACCAAGAGCUUUGGAGCUGCCGGAGGCUACAUCGCCGGGAAAAAGGAGCUGGUGGACUACCUGCGCCGUCAUUCUCACAGUGCAGUUUACGCCUCGGCCAUGUCCCCCGCCAUCACGGAGCAGAUCAUACGAGCCAUGAAGUGCAUCACGGGAAAAGACAGCAGCACAGAAGGGCGUUCGCUCGAGAAAUGCUGGCGAGAAAGAUCGGCGUGGUCGUGGUUGGUUUUCCAGCCACGCCCAUCGCAGAAGCCAGGGCUCGCUUUUGUGUUUCUGCCGCGCACACGAGAGACAUGCUGGACCAGCUGCAGCCUGGGUUUCGUUGGAUUUCAGGCCCUGAAAAGCUGAGGAAAUAUUCCAGGAAUGUAUCGAAUAUUUGUCGUCCGGCCAAAAAGAAAGGUGGAUCGGACGAUCGGGAUGAGGUGCAGCGGGGAGUUUCUCCAGCGGAGUGGAAACAACCCGAGUUCAACGCUCGUCCAGAUUUACAGAUUCUGAAAGCGGUGAUGUCAUCUUCAGAAGGUGUUUUAUCAUCCGAAGGCGUCACGUCGAAAACAUCGCCUCACACAAACACAAACGACAGGAUGCGGCCCUCUGCACCUGGGAGGCUUUGAUCCGGGAUGUAUUAUCCUCACAGGCCCAGAGCGGGAGCUUCACACAGCAUUAACCUUUUAUUUUUGGUUUUUAUCAUCUCAGRUAAAAAAAAAAGGUAAACAAACCUUGGCGCACACGUGGAGUGUGACAGAGGAAGGGCGAUUUCCUUUUUCUCAGACGUAAAGUGUUGUGCUGAAAAGCAUCUGGCACAAUGCAGAGUGCCUUCAUUUCCUGCCAGCCUCUCUAAGGAGGGUGGGGGGGACGGGACCCCCCGAGUAGCUCCCAAUUGAAAAUAGAGUCAUGCUGCUUUAAGCAGCUUCUCACAAAGUUACAAAAAAAAAGAACAGAAGCAAAAGAUACAGGAUGGAGAGACGAGGGGGAGUGGUGGUGGUGGGGGGGCAUCCUGGGAGGCGCCCCCCCCCCCAGCUGAACUGAACACUGAUGUCACUUUUGAUCUCCAAAUUAAAAGACGUUCCUCCCAAAGGAGAGGUACAGAGGGCCACCAUCAAAGCAGAUCAUUUCACUUUUAAAUGAGCUUAAGGCCCAAAUCUGCACAACUAAUAAUCCUGACUGAUCAAGGUUCUGCUGUAACUUUGAUUAAAAAGAUGCUGAUUUUCUGUCUAAUAGUUAGAAAUAGUUUGUAUCUCAUAAGCUGCAGCAUCAGUUAAGAAACUAAAUAAGAAGAAAAGUGCAAAAGUAUUCCUCAGAGUCAGGCUUUAAAUCACAAAGUUGGGAUUUUUUGCACAGAAACAUUAUUUUAUACUUUCMUAUYAAAGGGGRAAUAUUAUGUGUUUCUCAGGCAYACA